UAUACACGGUCCUGUGCUGGCUGACGACACCUCUGGGAUCCUCUCUCGUUUUUCCAGGUUUUCCCAGUAACUUUGAGCUCCACCAUGGCUGACGAGGAGUUUAUCUUUGAUCCCAGCUUGAAGAAAAAGAAAAAGAAGAAGACUGGGUUUAAUCUUGAUGCAGCCUUAGCAGAUAGCAGUGGCACCCUUCCUGUUGAACCUGCACCCACUCCAGAAAAUGGAGAAGUUCCUGAAGUCAAGGAGAUCACACCUGAAACAGAUGAUAUGGAAAUGUUUGGAAAAAAGAAGAGUAAGAAGAUGAAGAAAAAAAUGUUUAAUUUAGAUGAGUUAAGUGAAGCAUUGCCAGAGACUAAGGAAAGUGGCGUUACUUCUGGAGAUGAUCGGUAUCCUGUCACAAUUCAACCAGCUGAAGUUGAUGACUUUGAUCUUGACAUGGACUUCAGUAAAGCCAAGAAGAAAAAGCCUAAAAAGAAAAAGGGGCUAGUUGACCUCAUUGCUAAAGAUGAAUCUGUAAUAGACAGCGAUGACAAAGAAUUAGAGACUGGGGAUGGAUGUUUAGGUAGUGAACAUGAUUACACGUAUGAUGAAUUAUUGGAACGUGCAUUUAAUCAACUCCGAGAAAAAAAUCCAGAGAUGGCUACAGGUGAAAAGAAAAAGUUUGUCAUGAAACCACCACAGGUUGUGAGGAUUGGGUCAAAGAAAACAGCUUUUGCCAACUUUGCAGAAAUAUGUCGGCUCCUUCACAGAAUGCCCAAACAUGUAUUGCAGUUUCUCCUUGCUGAAUUGGGUACAUCAGGAAGUAUUGAUGGUAGUAAUCAGUUGAUCAUCAAAGGACGAUUUCAGCAAAAACAGAUAGAAAAUGUACUUAGGAGAUACAUUAAAGAAUACGUAACAUGCCACACAUGCCGAUCACCAGACACGAUCCUCCAGAAGGAUGCACGCCUCUAUUUUCUUCAGUGUGAACAGUGUAAUUCCAGGUGUUCUGUUGCUCCCAUUAAGUCUGGUUUCCAGGCUGUGGCCAAUAAGCAACAGAGACAGGCCAUCAGAGCAAGCAAAAAUUAGGUGACAACAUUUAGCAUAAAUUAUUUUUCAUUAUAUAUUUUACAUUUAGACAGUUUUAUAUUUGUAAACAAAACUCAAUCACUUCUAUCUCAACAAACCUGGGUGUGGAUAUUUAUCAGAAUGUAAAUU